ACGAGGAGCGUCAAUCCCGCACAGAGAUGACACGCGCGCUCUCACCACAUUAGCACCGUACACUACACCGAGGACAACCACACAACCGCGGGGGGAAAGCACAUACCUGUUAGUUCAAUUGUUGGGGUGUGUUUGUUGUUUCUCUGCUAGUAUUCACCAGUGGACAAACGGACCUGUGGAAGUGCAUUAUUAUGUUUGUAGGCACGGUUGGUUUGCUGUGUAUCCGUGCUGCCCACAAAUAAUCUUCAGCAUUUAUUGUUAUCGCUAGUGCUCCUCCUUAUCGCACGGGGGGGCGUGAUCGUCGCCUGUGGUGCUUUAAGUAUAGCCAGUAUUUUGUACAUUUUUUUUUUUCAUGUGCAUUCGGUUUAUUUAUUUGCCUGUUCAUUUGAUGGAUGGAAGAGGAACCUGAAGAUUGAACUUAAAGUCUUGCAAGGCUGUGGUGCUACCUCAUACCUGAGAACUCAUCCUCCUGAUAUUUCACCGGCUUCACCUGGAUUUUGGACCGUGCGGAUCUGUUUUUUACUCACUUGGAGGGAGAGAGAGAAAGAGGGAGGGUGGGAGACCAAGAGGAGAGGCGCCGUUAUUUGAAUCUCCUUUUAACAAAUCGACACACGGCCCUCCAGGCGGACAAGGAACCAAAACCCUUUUAGUCCUCUUUUCCUUUUUAAAUAUAGAGCAUCAAAGAGUCAAACGAAAAACCUCAUCUUACAGAACGCCACGGUAGAAUAGUGGGAGCGAAUCCAAAGACCAUGGUCCACUGUGCCGGGUGCGAGCGGCCUAUUUUGGACAGAUUUCUUCUCAAUGUUUUGGACAGAGCGUGGCACGUCAAGUGCGUGCAGUGUUGCGAGUGUAAAUGUAAUUUAACAGAGAAAUGCUUUUCUCGUGAGGGAAAACUAUACUGCAAAAACGACUUUUUUAGGCGGUUUGGAACAAAGUGCGCAGGUUGUGCUCAGGGGAUCUCGCCGAAUGACCUGGUUCGGAGGGCGAGGAGCAAAGUGUUUCACCUGAACUGUUUCACGUGCAUGAUGUGUAACAAACAGCUCUCCACCGGGGAGGAGCUCUACAUCAUCGACGAAAACAAAUUCGUCUGUAAAGAAGAUUACCUGAGCAGCAACACCGCGAAAGAAACCAACCUACUCUCAGUUACAGCGUGCAGUGACCCAAGCCUAUCUCCAGAUUCUCAAGACCAGUUACAAGACGACGUAAAGGACUCAGAAAUUGCGAAUCUAUCGGACAAAGAAACGGGUAACAAUGAGAAUGACGACCAGAACCUCGGCGGAAAACGACGCGGACCGCGAACCACCAUCAAAGCCAAACAACUGGAAACGCUGAAAGCUGCGUUUGCUGCGACCCCGAAACCCACGCGACACAUCAGGGAGCAGCUCGCGCAGGAGACGGGGCUCAACAUGCGAGUAAUUCAGGUAUGGUUCCAGAACCGGAGGUCCAAAGAGCGGCGCAUGAAGCAGUUAAGCGCCUUGGGCGCGAGGAGGCACGCGUUCUUCCGGAGCCCGAGGAGAAUUAGAACAUUGGUGGAUCGGCUCGAACCCGGAGAGCUCAUACCAAACGGGCCUUUCUCCUAUUAUGGAGAUUAUCAAGGAGACUAUUACGGUCCUGGGGGCAACUAUGACUUCUUCCCCCAGGGACCCCCAUCCUCUCAGGCCCAGACCCCCGUUGACCUCCCCUUCGUGCCCUCCUCUGGCCCCACGGGCACCCCGCUGGGGGGCAUGGAGCACCCCCUCCCAGGCCACCACCCGUCCAGUGACGUGCAGCGUUUCUCUGACAUCAUGUCCCACCACCCAGGGGACUCCCCCAGCCCGGAGCCCGGCGUGCCAGGACCCCUGCACAGCAUCUCCUCAGAGGUGUUCGGCCCCAGCACCCCGUUUACCUCACUGUCCCUCAAUGGUAGCGGAUACAACAACCACCUCUCGCACCCCCCCUCAGAAAUGAACGAGGCCACUGUAUGGUAGCUCCAGGAAGGGACAAAGCAAAUGGACAAACCAUAAGAUGCGCAUUCUGGAAUGGCAGGAAAGGUGUUGGGGUGCUUGAGGCGGAGGGGCUAAGAACAGACACUCUGGGACGCUGGUCACUUUAUGUCAUUCACAUUUGUUUAUUUAUUGUUUUUUUUGUUUUGUUUUGUUUUGUUUUUUCUGCACCAUUUGGGGCAAGACAGAAAGGUCUUGGAGAAAUCAGCCGCAACCACAGACAGCUCAUUUGUGAACUUUUACCUUGAUAUUGUGUUGUUGUUUGGUUAUUUCCUUUUUUUCCCCAAAUCAGAAUGAGAAUCAAUCCGCAGGAAAGAGGGUUCAGCCACUCCCCUCCUGUGGGGUGAGCCCCAGGACUCUGAGGUUCAUGAUGAGAGGUGCCUCCAACCGGGGAAGAACCUCCAUUUUGAAAACAACUGAUUUUUUUGGAACACACAAACAUCACUUACUACUGUCAAAGACUGAAUGGCUCUAUAUAAAAAAAAACCCCAAGACAGUUGUUUUUCACAUUGGCCUGCGAUGCUGGCUCCAGGAAAGUAGGAAUGAAUCAGAGUCACAAUUUAUGGCGCUCAACACGUCCCUCAUAUUUAUUUGAAGGCUCCUCAGACCUCUUUGCCUCUUAAGGCUCUGCCAUAGUGACACUUAAACACUUUCCACAUUUUACAGUUUUUUUUUUUUCAGAAG